AUGUCUGAUGAUGAUGAUUUUAUGCAAGACUCUGGGGAUGAGGAUUACGACUUCGAAUAUGAGGACGCAGACGACGACGAAUCUGGUGACAUCGGAAUCGAAAACAAAUACUACAAUGCCAAACAGAUUAAAGUCGACAAUCCGGAAGAGGCAGUUGAUGAGUUCCUAGGCAUACCGCCCAUGGAACAAGACAAAAGCGACUGGGGAUUCAAAGGUCUCAAGCAGGCUAUCAAGUUGGAAUUCAAGCUCGGAAGAUACAGCGAUACUGUCGCACACUACCGGGAAUUGCUCACAUAUGUCAAAUCCGCUGUUACACGAAAUUAUUCAGAGAAAUCGAUCAACAAUAUGCUGGACUUUAUCGAGAAAGGGUCCGACAACGCAGAGGCCUACCAAUGCAUGGAGGAAUUUUACUCUCUGACCCUUGAAUCAUUCCAAAACACAAACAACGAGCGCCUUUGGCUGAAAACGAACAUUAAACUGGCACGCCUGUGGCUGGAACGCAAGCAAUAUGGCCAGCUGAACAAAAAGAUGCGGGAACUGCAUCGGGCAUGCCAACGAGAGGACGGAUCGGACGAUACCAGCAAAGGAACAUACCUACUUGAACUCUACGCCCUUGAGAUUCAGAUGUACGCGGAAACGAGGAAUAACAAACGAUUGAAGGCCUUAUACCAGCGGGCCCUUCGAGUGCGGUCGGCAGUGCCCCAUCCCAAGAUCAUGGGCAUUAUCCGUGAAUGUGGAGGCAAGAUGCACAUGAGCGAAGAGAAUUGGAAGGAAGCACAAAGUGAUUUCUUCGAAUCAUUCCGAAACUACGACGAAGCCGGUUCGAUGCAGCGAAUCCAAGUUCUCAAAUACCUGGUCUUAACGACGAUGCUCAUGAAAUCGGAUAUUAAUCCGUUCGAUUCUCAGGAAACCAAGCCAUACAAGAAUGAUCCCCGUAUUUCCGCCAUGACCGACUUGGUGGACGCUUUCCAACGGGACGACAUUCAUGCAUAUGAGGACGUGCUGAGCAAACAUCCGGAUGUCUUGGCUGAUCCUUUUAUUGCGGAGAACAUUGAUGAGGUGAGCCGCAAUAUGCGCACCAAGGCGGUUCUGAAAUUAAUCGCCCCUUACACUCGGUUUUCUCUGCAAUUUAUUUCCAAACACAUCAAAGUCUCUGUGCCAGAGGUGUUGGAUAUUCUCAGUUUCCUCAUCCUGGACAAAAAGCUCAACGCCAAGAUUGACCAGGAUAAUGGUACGGUGGUAGUGGAGAGUGCGAGUGACGUGGAGCGGCUGCGAGCUGUGGGUGAGUGGAGCUCAGCACUGCGCACUCUCUGGCAAACAACACUCAAUGGUGAGGGGUUGCGUGCGAAUGAUACAUCUACAAUUUUCCUUGGAGAUGAACGCCGUGUCCGUAAGGACCGAGGCAAAAUGCCAGCCAAAUGGUUAUUCUAG